CUCACUCUCAUAACUGAAAGUGAAAGAAUGAAAGUGAAACCCGGACGAGUUGUUUGUGUCGACACAGCAGAGAGAAGGGGUUUCCACCUCUCCAUAUUCUACCUUUUCUUUACGGCAAAAACAGCUCAAACUCUUAAAAAAACUCCGCAGAACAGCUCCUGCCUCCUGCCUCCUGCCUCCAGCCUCCCGCCUCCUGCCCUCCCUGCAGCCAUGCCCGACAGCCGGCUGUGUCUCGAGGCCCUGUCCGCCCUCUCCGGCUGUAACGUGGAGCCGACCCCCGGGGCCUCCCAGCUCACGCCGCAGGACUUCGUCAACAUCGUGACCCUCAAGGAGUUCUACAAGCAGGAGGGCUUCAAACAGCUGGAGUACCCGAGCCUGGGGACGCUGUCCCUGCAGGACGAGGACGACCAGGACCUGUACAGCGCCCCGCCCGCGCUGGGUGAAGGCCCGUCCACCGCCGGGCCGCCGGCCAGCCUUAGGACCACGGUGAAGAUCAACCCGCAGGACUUCUUCCACCCGCAGUACGACUACGACUUCACCCACGUUAAGGACGGCAACAAGACGUUCCUGCGUGGCAACGAGCCGUACGUCCGUCCCUGCGGCUGGAACCGCGUCGCCCUGCAGGUCCUGAAGAAGUACGACGGGGACGCCUGGCUGGGGACGGGGACGGACGCCUGGCCCGUCUCCUACCACGGACACAACAUGGACGGGUCCCUGGGCGUCAUCCUGGCCCACGGCGGGAGCCCCACAGAGGAGCCGGGCUUCCUGGAGGCCGCCAACGACUUGCUGGUCCACACCAAGACCCGGGGCCGGGGGGCGUACUCCACGCCGGACAUCAAGCUGGCGGAGAAGUACUGCAAGAGGUUCAAGUCCAAGGUGGACGGGAAGACCUACAAGGUGGUCCUGCAGAACCGCAUCAACCCGGCCAAGAGGGUCACGUGCCCAGAGGGAGGAGGUUGGCUGGUCUACGUCCCGGAAGGGAGUGCACCGAGGUCCAGGCCCAGGCGCCAGCGUGCAGGAGUUCCACGACCGUAGGGCUGCCUGCUUGCA